AUGAUGAAGAAUAACCAGACCAGCACAUCUGAGUUCAUCCUCCUGGGGCUUCCCAUCAGACCAGAGGACCAAGGCAUGUACUCUGUCCUCUUUCUGGCCAUGUACCUGACCACGGUGCUGGGGAACCUGCUCAUCAUCCUGCUCAUCAGGCUAGACUCUCACCUCCACACCCCCAUGUACUUCUUCCUCAGCCACUUGGCCUUCACAGACAUCUCUUUCUCAUCAGUCACAGCUCCUAAGAUGCUCAUGAAUAUGCUGACACACAGUCAGUCCAUCUCAUAUGCUGGGUGUAUUUCCCAGGUAUAUUUCUUAUUGUUUGGGUGUAUUGAUAACUUUCUUCUCACUUCCAUGGCCUAUGACAGGUAUGUGGCCAUCUGUCACCCUCUGCACUAUACCACCAUCAUGAGUCAGAGCCUCUGUGUACUGCUAGUGAUAGUGUCCUGGGUAUUUUCCUCUACCAAUGGCCUUGUGCACACUCUUCUAUUUGCUCGUCUCUCUCUCUUUAGAGACAAUAUUGUCCACCAUUUUUUCUGUGACCUCUCUGCUUUACUUAAACUGUCCAGCUCAGAUACUACUAUCAAUGAGCUAGUUAUUCUCACUUUAGCAGUGGUAGUUAUUACUGUGCCAUUCAUAUGCAUUCUGGUCUCUUAUGGCCACAUUGGAGCCAGCAUCCUGAGAACUCCUUCCAUCAAGGGAAUCUGCAAAGCCUUGUCUACAUGUGGCUCCCACCUCUGUGUAGUUUCUUUGUACUACGGAGCCAUUAUUGGAUUAUAGUUUUUCCCCUCCGCCAAUAACACUAAUGAUAAGGAUGUCAUUGUGUCUGUGCUGUACACUAUGGUCACACCCAUGCUGAAUCCUUUUAUCUACAGUCUGAGGAAUCGGGACAUGAAGGGAGCACUGAGAAAUAUCCUCAGCAGGAAAAUGUGUUCACAGUGA